AUGCCACCACAUCACCCUCCCUCCGAUAACGAGGUGAUCCGCGAGCUCGAAGAAGACGAGCUCCACAGACAUUUGCGUCAACUCCGUGCGCUGGGUCGUGAUCCAUGGGCUCCAAUCGUACCCAGAAUGGGACCAAGUGAGCGACAGCCUCAGCAAGCACCACCAUCUCAACCAAUGUCAGCUACACAAGAAAUCUCGAUGCCUCCUUCAGCCACAACGCCUGCACAAGCAGCAACAACUCCACAGGCAGCACCGACAGCAUCAAGAUACCAGUAUUGGACCCUCGGGCGCGAGUUGGGACGUUCCAUCAGCACGGUCUACAUGCAGAAUGAAUCCGAACUGGCUUUUGAAAACGAUGCACCGACGUGCGCGGAAUGGAGUAUAUGCCGAGCGGCACAGCGACAAGGUGCGCUGGCAGGACUUGGCGGCCGUUGA